AUGUUGUCUCGAAUAAUUCCCAACAGAGUCAUAAUAAAUGCUGGAACUUUCCAGCAAACCAGAAACAAACAAACAAUAUCAAUGGUUGGGGAAGUCAAUCUAUCUUCGCGGAGAGUUAUGCGUAAGAUCAAACUAGGCAAAGCACGUCCAGCUAUAAUGUAUCAAUUUGACACAUUAGUUGAACUUAGUGAUGGGUCCGUAAUCAAGCGUCGAUCGCAAGCUCCCAAGGACGAGAUUAGAAUGAUUAAUGAUCAAAGGAAUAGUUUAAGAUGGAAUCCACAUAGAGCUGAUUUGGAUACGUCUGAUUUAACAGCGACUGGUAAAAUUGGUAAGUUUAGAAGUAAGUAUGCUGGUUUCAGUGGUGAAGUGGAAACUGCAAGUGGCAAAGAAAUGAAGAAUACAGAAGCAGAGAAGGAGUUGUCAUUGGAGGAAGAAGAAGCAUUAAAGUCGAAAGAGAAGGAAUUGAACAAAGCAAGAGACCAAGAAUUGUUUGAUUUGAUGGGUGAAAAUGCUGAGGAAAUUGUUGGUGGUGGUAAGUUGUACGAUAGGAAAGCUGAUAAAAAGAGGUUCAAGUAA